AUGGACUGCACUAUCGCCUUGGACGGCUUGUUUGGGCCGCGAGUAGCUCCUUGUCGCAGACAAUUCGACUUUACUCUCACCUUUGAGCACUGGGCUAUCACGUUGAUACCAGAGCUACUUUUUGUCCUUGGCGGCUUCGUGCGCUGGCUCUGGAUUUACCGUUCAUUCAAGGUGCUCAAAACCCAGUCGCAACGUCUCGCGAAAGCGAAAUUAGUCGCCACGAGCCUUCUAUUGGCACUCAAGACUGCAUCGCUGGUUACAUGGGCCACAGCCAGAGACGCUGCGACUCCGUCAGCUACCGUCUCAUCCAGUGCUGCCUUUGUCAGUGCCAUCAUCCUGAUUCCACUAUCACAGUAUGAGCACAACCGCACUGUGCGACCGUCGACCCUCAUCUGCCUCUACCUUCUGGCAACUACCGUAUUCGAAAUUGCCCGGGUGCGGACGCUUUGGCUGCUGCAGCCUUUCAACAUUGCACUUGCUACUGUUGCCACUGUAUCGUUGAUCUUGAGAGCUCUGGUACUUGCUAUCGAAGCACAACAAAAAGACGUGUACGUCACAUCCGCAUACGAGAAGGCCUCCCCAGAGUGCAGAAGCGGCAUCUUGAACCGCUCCGUGUACUGGUGGAUCAAUGGGCUUUUCUUUCAAGGCUUCCGUUCCGACCUAAGCCUGCAGGGUCUUUACAACCUGGACGAGAGUCUCUCGUCCAAGGCUCUCACCUCCGACUUGCAGCGAAGAUGGAAUGGUGAUGAAACAAGACACGGUCAAAAACAUGCUCUACUGCGACACACUUUCGCAAGCGCAAAAUGGACAGUCCUCAGGGCCGUCAUAGCAAGGGCUACAUUGAUACCUCUCAAAUACGCUCAGCCGUUCCUAUUCAGUGACUUGAUUGAGCAUGUCUCCGAGCCAGACAUGCAUCAAGAGGGAACCAAAUAUGGUCUUCUAGGGGCUAUGCUUCUCGUCUACGUUCUGCUCGCAGCAUUAAAUGCUAUCUACAAGCGAGAAACGAUCCAAAUGAUGACUAUUUUGCGUGGGAGCCUUGUAGGAAUGAUAUACGCCCAAACUCUCGAGGAAAAAAGCGAAACCGGCUCCAAUGCGGAUGCACUGACGUUCAUGAGCACUGAUGUCGAUCGCAUCGUCACUGGCAUACAGAACGCUCACGAGAUGUGGGCUGCCAGCAUUGAGAUCGUCAUUGCCUUUGCGCUGCUGAUUCUGCGUAUCGGCUAUCCAUCCGUUGCUGCCUUGGUUGUAGCCGCGGCAUGCAUAGUCGCAUCCUCGUAUAUCGCGCCACGCAUGAGAGAGAAGCAGAGCUUAUGGGUUCAAGCUGUGCAAGAGCGUGUCAACUUUACCGCGACUAUUCUAAAGGUCAUGCACCAAGUCAAAAUGCUCGGAAUAGAGGCGACAAUCACGGAAAAAACGCACCAGUUUCGAAAGCUCGAAUUAGAUGCGUCAAAGCCUUUCCGUCUUCUCAUCGUUGCGGUUAAUGUUUUGAACGCUGCGGCCACGUCGAUUGCGCCGGCUGCAACUAUCAUCCUAUACACGGCUACGCGCAUGAAUCUUCGCACGGAAAUCCCGAGACCAGAGGCUAUUUUCACAUCUCUCUCUCUGAUAUCUCUCCUCACAAGCUCCGUCACGCUCUUGUCUAUUGCGCUCACAAAGUUCACAUCCGCCAUGGGCUCAUUCGACAGGAUUCAAGGAUACCUUCUUUCAGGAGCGGAGCGAGAUGAGGCAUCAUGCCAACCCACAGUCGUUGUCAGUGAGCCAGCAACGGAGCUCACUACCAUGCCGGGAAUUGAGCUGGUCAGUGUUCAAGGUGGCUCGUUCUGGUAUGGGGUUGGCGAGUGCCAGCUCAACGACUUGACCUUUACUGUAAACCGUUCAGAGGUUGUUGCUAUCACAGGCCCUCUCAGCUGUGGUAAGUCAACGCUGCUGAAAGCCAUUUUGGGCGAGGUCUCGUGCGUCAGAGGUCAAGUGUCGGUGCAGGCCGCAUCUGUAGCCUACUGUCAACAGAUGCCAUACAUUUUCAACGGCACAAUUGAAAGCAACAUUGUUGGGGAUGCGCAUGUCGAUACUAUGUGGCUUGAGAGGGUUUUGUAUUCGUGCGACUUGGUUGUGGACAUGGAAUGUCUGCCCGAUGGACUUGAGACUGUUGUGGGCACAUCGGGGCUGCAACUUUCUGGCGGACAGAAGCAGCGAGUGGCUCUGGCACGGGCGGUGUUUGCAAAGCCUGAGCUUCUUCUUCUUGAUGAUAUAUUCAGUGCUCUCGACAUCAUCACAGCCAGUCGCAUUAUUCAACGUUUGCUCGGUUCUGCUGGUGUCAUUAAACAGCUCGGAGCUGGGCUUCAAUACGCGGACAAGGCCAUUGUCCUGUCAGACAACGGCGAUAUUGAUGCGCAGGGAAGCUACUCCGAAAUUGUUGAAAUGUGCGACUUCAUCCAAAAGUUAGACGCUCCCAAGGACCGUACAGAAAACACUUGGGAAGAGCCAACAUUUGUCUCACAAAAGGAACCCGCACGUCCAAGAGUCACCAACACCCGCGCAUCCCCAGCAGCUGCGAAAAGUCGCAGCAGCGGCGACGUGACUCUUUACGGGUAUUACAUAGAUUCCAUCGGACGAUUGCCGUUUGUUCUCAUCCUGGGAUUUGCUAUUCUUUACGUCACGAGUCUGGUAUUUCCGCAAAUUUUGCUCUCGUGGUGGUCGAGCUCAGUGCCAGAAAAGGGUGUUACUUACCUUGUUACGUACACUGUCGUGUCUGUUGCAAGUUGUAGUUAUUUCUUUGUCUGGGCCGUUCCAAAGUCAGCCAUCAAGCUUCACAGGCUGCUCCUCGACGUCGUUAUGAACAUGCCUUGGGUGCAGCUUGUGCAGAUUGAAGUUGGCAGUUUGAUCAACAGAUUCAGCCAAGAUAUGUCCCUCGUGGACAUGCAGCUUCCUGUCGCUUUUGGAAUAACGCUACAGACCUUUCUCACUUGCAUCGCGCAGGGAGUUAUGAUUGCCAUCGGCUCGGGCUACAUGUCCGUUGUCAUUCCCUUCUGCAUCGCAGUUCUUUAUGCCAUAUUAUCGUUCUACCUGCGGACUUCCCGCCAGAUUCGACUUCUCGGCCUCGAGGCCAAGGCACCAUUGUAUGACCACUUCUUGCAGACCAUCGAUGGCGGCGCCACCAUCCGCGCCUUCCGGUGGCAGGAAAGGUUUACCAAGAUGAAUGAAGAGCUGCUGGACCUAUCUCAGAAGCCAUUUUACGCACUUUAUAGUGCGCAGCAGUGGCUGCAGGUCGUCUUAGACCUGCUCGUCGCUGCGCUGGCCACUCUGUUGACGGCGCUUGUCCUUUUUUUUACGAACAAGAGCACAUCCGGCUCGGUGGGGGUUGCACUCGUCAAUCUCUUAUCCUUCAACACGACACUGGCCCAGCUUAUUACUAAUUGGAUGCAACUUGAAACCUCGCUCGGCGCAAUCUCGCGAACAAAGGACUUUGUCACAAAUCCGGACCAUCAACCACCCAAAGUGGUGCAAGAUCAAUCGCGUGGACAAGAGCUGCUGACAAACACGGUCGAGUUUCAGAACGUCUCUGCAUCCUACGGCGAUGAGAAAGAACCAGUCUUGAAAAAUGUGACGCUUCAUCUUAAGCGAGGACAGAGAGUUGGCAUUUGUGGGCGCACUGGAAGCGGUAAAAGUACGCUCUUGUCCUGUUUGUUUUCGCUUGUCAACAUCACCUGCGGCACUAUCUCCAUCGACGGUCAAGACAUGACAGCCAUUUCUAAAGACAAGCUGCAAGCCGCCAUUGUCACGAUCCCUCAACAGCCGUUCCUUAUAGCUGGAACGAUUCGCGAGAAUCUUCUUCUUGGUUCUCAUUCUCCUUGCACGGGCGAAGCUAUCGUGUCAGUGCUCGAGCAGCUGCAGAUAUGGGAUCGCAUCCACGAGCGCGGCGGCUUGGAUGCCAGUAUCGGCUCUGUUUCCUUGACGGAGAGCCAGCGGCGUCUGUUAUGCAUCGGUCGCGCUCUGCUUCAGCCAGGAAGUAUUGUCAUCUUGGACGAGCCUACGAGCGGUUUCGACGAGGAUACGGGGCGGGUGGUCCAUGAGCUAAUCCGAGAAGUUUUCAAGGGGAGACUUAUUCUCUCGGUGGCACACAAGAUCGAUACCAUCAUAGAUUCGGACCUGAUUGUCGUAAUGGAUCACGGACAGGUAGCAGAGAUGGGCCGUCCCUCAGAUUUGUUGGAAAAGAAGGGUAAAUUUUGGGAACUUCGUCAGUGA